AUGGGUGACAAUCAACAAAAGCGUCGUCACAGCACCGGCGAUUUGGGGAAAUUUCUCGUGCAUCCGGAUAGAGAAAAAGCGAAAAGAUCGAUCACGAACACAAUUCAACAAUUAGUCGUGCAGAUACCCGUCGAGAAUUUGAGGCGAUUACAGGUCGAAGAGGGCGGCUCAUGGGGACGAGAAGCCGAGCAUUUUUGUGGAAUCACAACAAUGCACGGUCCAUUGAGGGCGUAUCGAGGGAAGAAAAUGUACAAACGUUUAUGGCAGAUCAUGAUGGUUUUGUCCGGAUGUUUACUUUUCUAUCAAGUUUACUCCAUUGUCAGCACUCAUCUUGCGCAACCCGUUGAGGCUAAAGUGACAUUCGAACGAUCCGAGGGAGGUCUCCGUUUCCCUCUUGUCACUCUAUGCAACUACAAUCCGAUCACGCAAAAAUAUCUGGAGAACGCGAAUGGAUCGGGUCGAUUCACGGAUACUCUCUAUAAAUAUCUCGUUCAAUCGAACGCCGAGCUACAAGCGUUUCUCAGUACCACAAAUGAUUCGGAACUCCAAAAAAUGGAUCAAGAAUACAAGUAUUACAAAGAGAAACACCCGGACUAUUCUGUAAACGAUUUCUUUGAGCAUGGAGGCUAUGACUGCUCGGAUAUGAUGAAAUUGUGCUCGUUUGCUGGUCAGAAGUUUAACUGUUGCGCGAAUGUGAAAGAAACGAUUACAUCGCUUGGGAAAUGCUACACGGUGGACCUGCGCGACUCGGACGAGAUGGACAAACAGAUAUCACCCGGGGAAUAUAAUGGCCUUCAAAUCGUGCUCGACUCGCAACUAGGGCAAAUCUACCGCGGGAGUGGAACCGAAUCCGAUCCGGUUUUCACGAACUCUUUCGAAAACGGUUUUCGCUUUUAUGUGCACGAUCGGGAAAUGAUGUCAUUUAUCACGUCAGAGGGGAUAUCGGUCAGCCCUGGGAGUCGAGUCUAUUCAAGCAUCGAGACAGAGAAAUUUGAGCGUCUUCCCUCGUCCGAUUGGGGUGAAUGUGUUAAAGGAUGGCCACAAAAAUACAAAUCUCUAGCCAGGUUGCUACCGUACUCUCGAAAAAACUGUCAUGCACUUUGUCGAGCUCAAUAUUUUCACGGAGUUUGCGGGUGUGCCCCAUUUUUGUACAACUCGAUAAAAGUCUAUCCAACUUGCACUCCACUCGAGCUCUACUCAUGCUUAAACAGUCGAAGAAAGCAUUUGUAUAAAGCUUUGGAAUCGGUUUGUAAGAAUUGCCCGCCAGAGUGUGAGAAUUGGGAAUAUCACGCGUACAACUCGUAUGGAUUCAACUUUUCGGAAGGAGCACGUAAAUGGCUGAAAGAACAGAAUAACGAAUGGGAUGAUCACCGGAUUGAGAAAAACUUCGUGAUGAUGUCGGUGUUCUACCGUGAGCUGGCUUACACAAAAUUCCAAGAAGUCAAGGGAAGCGAUCUCUCCACGGCGCUCAGUAACAUUGGUGGUAAUAUGGGUCUUUGUUAUGGAAUGUCAGUCAUCACCUGUGUCGAGAUCAUCAUUUUUCUCUAUAAAAUGACGUGGAUUUGUAUUUCGAAGAGUCGAAGAAGAUAUAUGUUGGAAAAAAGAAGAAAUGAUGAGGAAAAAGAGCGAAAUUUGGAGGAGACGAUUUUGGAGUAUAAACGGCAUAAAGAAAAGAUACAAUCUGAUCGCUCUGCAAUGGGUCGCCUUAAGAAGUUGUCGACUCGUUUCCGUGAAUCGUCGAUGAAGAGGAAAGUGGCCGAUGUGUCGAUCAAUGAAAUCACCGAUCCAUCUCUGCAUGAUGUCGACACUCCCCCGCCUCGUUCUCCAUACAAAAUCUCGAGCAACAAGCAAAUGUUUAUGGAUAAUUUCUAUAAUGAGAUGACAUCUGGUAGUGGUAGAGCUCGUUUGAGUCGUCGCUCUCGAUCAGAGCAACCGCCAAAUCCCGAAUUGCUGGAGUUGAAAAUCGACUUGGCAGAGAAAGAUGGCGGGGAAAAGGAGAUCGUCGGAGUGAUUGGAGAGAGGAAAAUUUCGAUUCAAGCACCGAAUAGAAAAACCUCGAAUCUCACCGUGCAGAGUCCGUUGAAAUUCAAAUCAAAGAGCAUUUUGUUUGAUGUGGAAGAGGAAAACGAGAGAAAACCGUCAAAAAACAGCCUUUUAAAUGUGCAAAGUCCGCUGCAAUUCAAAUCGAGAAGUAUUCAAUUGAAUGAGAGAGAAAUCGAUGAUCAGAUGUCACCGAAGUUGACGAGUUGCCUAGCCGUGCCAGGGAAUCUCCAAAAGUCGAAAAGUGUUCAAUUUGAAGACAUAAAACCGGACGCGCCGAUCACUGAAGAAGCGCCAUCGUCACGAAAAGCUAGCAAUCUCACCGUGCCACCAAAAUUCGAAAAGACUCAAAGCUUUGAAUCGGAAGAUCUACCCGUUUUCACGUUUGAUUUUAUUCAUGGAGACACUCCACAACGGGAA